AUGGUGGCGGCGGGGCCUCGGUUGCCCUGCUCUUGUGUGGGGAACCCUGGAUCUGGAGCGGUGGCUCCAUUGGCAAGGCACGGCCGGCUAACAGCCAUGCUGGUGGUGGAUCCGGUGUCCCGGCCGCGCGGGCGGCGGGAUCCGGUGGUCGCUGGCGGCCGGCGGCGGCUUCUGCGGCGGUCGGUGUGCACGAUCUGGCGCGUCCAUUCCUCCCCUGUUCGGCGUGCGGGCCAGCCUGGUCUGGUCGCGCUUCCUCUUGGUCGCCGGUUCUAUACAGGAGGUGCUGCUGGUGGCGGAGAUCUAGUUCGGGUGAAAUCUCUGGCCUGCCAUGACCGGCCGUGCCGACGGCGACGCCUGAAGGCGCCGUUUCCCUCCUUGGAGGCGUCGGUAUGGACUAAUCUCCUCACUUCACCUUCUCCUAGGUUGCCCGGGCGAAAUCCCUAA